AGAUUACUAGUUCCGCAAAGCCGGAAGUUUCGUGAGGUAUAAUAUACAAAGUUCGUUUCAACUCUUUCACUUCAUAAUUUUUCUUGCUUUCUGUGUCUGAAAGAUUGAAAUUUUCAGUAUGUUGAACUUAUAAAGAUGGUUUCUUGAUAGGAUAUAGGACGUUAAACCUUUUGGUAAGUAAAUAGUCAUUCCAAAUUUCCAAAAUAUUUGUAAGCUGCAUUAUUCAGACAUGUAUCACUUCCGUGUUGUCUUUAUACAUGAUAUAUAUUUGUAUAAUUUGAACAAGACAAGAUCUCUGUGUAUCUUCCAUGGUAUUUGAAUAUACUGGGCAGAAGCUAUGAUUAUGACAUAGCUGAGAUUUUAAGGCACACGAGAUAAAACGGAAAGUACCGGUAUAUUAAGUAUUGGCGUUGUCGCUGGAGGCUGACUAUGAUCUGCUUCUUUCUAUUGUUUAAAUGUAUAAUAAUUCAAAUUAAUAUCACUUCCAACGUAUUUUGACUUAAUAAAAGUUAGAUGUCGUUAUGUACAAAUACUCGGAUGAUGUGAAAGCGAAUAGAAAAGUAAAAUUACAGAUGGUAAAAUGAACCUUGGGCUGAGUGGAUACCAUCACACCUUGUUGGAUACUAUUAAAACCUGAUAGUUAAGUGUCAAUUUAACUGAUUUACAACAAUUUACUUGUUCUGAAACUCUUUCAAAAUGUCACAAUUAUUGCCCUGCAAUGUAUUCUAUGAUGUAAUUAAUAAAGUCUACAUGAUUCAUACAAAAUUCACUGAAAACAAUUAAAAAUAAAUGGCUCUGUUAUGUAUUUCCAGGGGCCGUAUAACCAGGUGGGACAUUUGGGGUAUGUGCCCCCCCCCCUUUUAUAAAUAUGAAAAAGGUUCCCUUCGCUCUGCACUAAAGUUUCCCAUUCAAAGAACGAAAAAAGUAUAUCUUGAAUGAACGCCCUUGUUUGCUAGUAAAGACUCUGUGAAGGCCAUUUCUGACGUUAUAUUUUAUAUGUUAAUUACUUAUAUAUUCUCCAUAUUUUUAAAAAUUUUUGUUUGGUUUGUGAACAACAUAAAAUUGUUUGAUUUUGGUCAUAUACAAAAGUGCCAUUUUUGGCCAAUGUCCCUCCACUUUCGAAAUGCCCCUCCACUUUCGAAUAUUAAAAUGUGCAUGCCAUAUUUAAAUUGUGCUUGAGAGUGAUGGCACUCUCACAUUUGCACAUUUUAAUGCUACCUGAUUUUAGCUGUGAAGGGUCAGACUUGUUUGAUUGAGAGUCAGUCCCCCCCCCCUGCCUCUGAAUGAUGUGACACCUUUAAGACAACAAAAACUGAUCAGGUAAAUGUGGGAGCACCUGUCUUCAGAGCCUGAACUUGAUAAUGGGCAUACAGAAACUGGAACCUGAGAGAGAGCAUGCCUCAAGGCCACCCUCAAAUUUUAGUGCCCUCUCAAAUUUGUAACCUUCUCAACCUGCUCAAUAAUUUUAUGGUAACAAUUAACAGCUGUAUUUCUCCACAUGUAUGCUAGUGACCAUUGAUUGUGGAAAACACUGCAUUUGUUAUUACUGUUAUUAAUUAUUAUAAUAGUAAUAUUUAACAAUUAUUGAAUGAGGUUGAGCACGGUAUGAAGAAUUAUCAAGCCCGAAGUCUGCCGUUAUCAACCGAAGCCGAAGGCUGAGGUUGAUAAAGGCAAACUGAGGGCUUGAUAAUUCUUCAUAUUGUGCAAAAACCGAAUUCAAUAAUUGUUUUAUUAUUUAUUUAAAAAUUUCAAAACAAACAUUUGUAUUUUAUUUGUAUUAAGAAAAAAACAAUUCCUUAGUCCUUCGGCAGCCGUUGUCGCGUCAUAUCAAUGGCAUCAGCGAGUCAAUAUGAUUCUCGUUGUCAUAGUAAUAUGGCGCAAACACGUCCAAAUUUUUUUCAUAUUGACUCUUUGACAUCAUUUUGCUAAUAUGAAUGUGAAAAAUCCAUAUUUGGUUAGCCAUUGAGUUGAUAUGACAUAGUUGGUUGUUAGCCAAUCAUAAACCAGGAAUUUUUUAAAUAAAUAAUAUAAAUUAUGAAAUAGUAAGCAUCUAAAUAUUAUCAUGACAAAAUACAUUCUACUGAGGCAAGCAAGACUAUUAACAGCAAAUAUGCCAAAUUCUUUAAAACUGGUUUUCGUAACUGUUGCUAACAACUUGUGAAUAUAGUGUUUUCAUUUGUUUUAUUAUUGCAGAGUGUCUGGGACUACCAUCAACUCUCACAACAAUUAGACAAUUUUUUUAUUUCUUGCAACUGUCGGCAAUGAAUAACCAUCAGUUAAACACAAUCGACAUUGACUAAUGAAAACCAACCUUUAAGUAGACACCAACUAAACACCUGUCUCAUAUGUAUGCCUGUGGUGGGUUGAAUGCCCCCAGGCCCCAACCUGACCCUUCUGCCAUAGUUGUACUAUGUGGUGAGACAUAAGUCAGUAGGUGGCUACCUGGAGUUGAUGCAGAGCCUAAAUUAUAAAGCUGUCAACUCGAUCAGGUUCACAGGUUGAGCUACAUCCUUCAAAAUUUAGCUAAUUAGCUCUCAGUUGGAAGUAAAGAUGAUUAGCCAGGUCUGAUGAUUUCCGUAUCUCGAUAUCCACUAACAAACAGAUUUCAAUGUGGAUAUUCAAGGACGUCGCUACCGGGGGUGGGGGUAACACCCCCCUCCCCAAUAAUUCAAAAAGGAAGGUAAAAGUUGCAGGUCAAACUUGGCAAUAGUUUGAGAACAAAGUUGGUAAAAUUUGGUCAAAGUGGGAUAUAAAAGUUGAUAAAAUUUGGUGAAAGUUAUGAAAUGAUUCCCAAUUUAACAAAUUGAUAAGAUUUGGUAAUUUCAGGCUAAUCUUAGUCUGGAAAAAAAAUUGAAGCUAUACUUAUGUUAGCCCAGAAUUUUUUUUUCAUGAGUCACCCUCCCCAAUGGAUGUACAUUGUGGCAAAAUGUUUGGCAACAUAGCUUGUUUUGGCACUUUGGUUCCAGUGCUGUAAAAGUUACUCAUUAUUUGGAACUAGUUACAGUUACAUUCCCAAAAAAGGAACUACAGUAGUUACUGGUAAAAGUUACACUUAAGAAAAUGUAACUAGUUGCCGUUACAAAAUUACUUCAAUAUUUUUAUAACUAGUUACAAGUUAGUAACUAGUUACAAGUAAGAAAAACCCCAGUUUUUUUCAACUUAAUGAUUAGUGGUCAUCAGAUUGACGUUAAUUAUUUGUAAACGUUAUGUAACCUUACCACUAACGGAUUUCUCAGCUGUGUUAAGCACUGAAGCAUGCGUUGUCGUAGAAAACCGUGAGGAGAAUUUCGAGAACUGAGAGGUGAAUUGUAAGUUUUAACCGCAAGAAUGUAACGAAAAAAGUAACGUAAACGUUGGCUAUAAAAGUAACGCGUUAUCGUUUCAAUUUAGGCCAAAAUGUAACUCGUUACAGUUACAGUUACUCUAGCCUACGCAGCCAGGGCCUUUUUUAAGGAUUUUCCCGUGGGGGGGGACAUUUUUUGAAAAGGGACCUUUCUGUGAGAUAAUAUAUUAGAGGGGGAUAGCAAUGGCUGAAAGCCACGUGUGUGGAAAAUAUACCACGCAUGAAUGGGGUGUCUGGGGGUGUACUCCCCCAGAAAAUUUUUGAAAUUUGACUCCCGGAAAUGUCAUUUCAUGCAUUCUGAGCAUCCAAAUUUGCUCCAAAAUUUAUCCUAACUGUACUUGUAUUUGAAAUAAAUAAAGGAAGAAACGCACAAAAAGUAAAAAAAAAUUAACCAUCAUUUAUCAUUACUUAUUCGAGGAGGAUAGCAAUGGUCAGGUGUGUGGGGGUGUACUCCCCCAGAAAAUAUUUGAAAUUUGAACCACGGAAAUGCCAUUUCCUGCAUUCUGAGCAUCCAAAUUUGCUCUAAAAUUUAUGCUAACUAUAGUUGUAUUUGAUAUAAAAGAUGGAAAAAUGCACAAAAAGUAAAAAAGAAUAUUAACUGUAAUUUAUCAUUACUUAUUAGAGGGAUAAUCCCAAGAAAAUUUUUGAAAUUUGAAACCGUGAAAUGCUAUUUCCUGCAUUCUGAGCAUCCAAAAAAUAAAAAAAAAUAUUAACAAUAAUGUAUCAUGGCUUAGUGGUAAAAAAGUAACAAUUUAAAUCGAUUUUGUUAAACAAGAACAAAGGAUAAAGCCUAAAACUUACUUUCCGUUUAUCUAUUUGUUAAUCUUCGCUGGAUUGUUUGUAUAAUUUUAGGAAAAAGGGACUUUUCCUGGGGGGGGGGGGGAAGGUUAAAAAAGGCCCUGUACGCAGCAGUCGCUUUAUUUUAUUGAAGGUUUUGAGGAUUUUUCAAUAAAUGCCCGCCAUUUAUUCUAAAAUCCUCAAAACCUUCAAUAAAAUAAAGCGACUGCUACACAGGCUACAGUUACUCAAAAAGUAACGAUUACUUGUAAUUUUGUUACUUGUAACGAAGUUACUUACAGCACUGUUUGGUUCUUUAGUCACUGAGUCUGAGGUUUUGGCCCAGCAACUAUAGGUUUGUCCUUUGGUUUUUCUAAUAAAAGUUGGUCAUGACAAACACUACACAGCUGAAACAUACAGCAGGCCAUUUACCUUGUUUGGAUACUGCUAUAAUCAGAAUACCUACUAUGCAAAUCUGGGAUACUAAAUUUCAAAGAAGGAUACCAGUUUUUAAGGUGCUAGUAUCCACUUGGAUACUAAUAAGAAAUUCAAAUCUUGAGUCCUGUUAGUACAUCCCCACUUAUGCCCAUGCACUUAUUAAUUUUUGUGAUUUUUGAGCUGAUUCAUUAGUUUUACAUAUGUUUUAAAGGUGCUUGGUUAUCAAACAUUGGACUGAUGAUUUUGAAAUUUAAGUAAAACAGAUUUAUAUAUAAAACUUGUGUUGUGUGAAGAUAAACAUGGAACUUUGUACAAACGAGUUACAACAAAAACUCACAACUUUACGUCGAGCGCCUCCUCCGAAAGCUCCUGUUGCUAGUAAAGGGGAUGAAAAACCCCAAGAAGGAGAACUCUUUAAAGUAAAAUUAAAAUCAACAAAACCAGUAGCUGAACCUACCAAAGAUGAACAUGCAGAGAGCACUCAAAGUGAAGAUAAUGCAAAUAAUAAUAGUGAAGGCAAAACAAGAACUCCAUCUAUAAAAGAUCGUUCAAAAAUGUUUCAAAAUGGUUCUCCUGGAAAACCUCCUGUCCCCGGCAAACCAGCUGUGGCUAGUAAGAAACCUGUCACUAGUGCAAAACCAACUGUCCCAAUUAAACCACCAGUGAAUGCUAAUAGUAAUCAAAACACAGGAACAACACGUGCAAGACCACCAAGUGUAAUCAAUAAACCAAAGUAAGUAUAAUAUCAUGAAAUUGUAAUGGCCGGUAAGUAAUGCGCAACAAAAACCCCGUAAUGCUAAUGCAGUUUUGACUUGUCUAAAAGGGGGCCAAUUUUUUAUAACAGGUGACCAGUAUGUUCCAAUGUUUGUCUAGAGCUCAAUAUCAAUUUCGUAUAUAGUUGUAGAUCUUUACAAUGCAUAAACCCAAGCUGUUAUUAAUAAGCUGUUUGUGGGGUAAAUUAUAAUUUUCAAGUAGAUAUAUGAUGUUGUUGUAUCAAUGUUGUGAUUUUGUUGUAACAAUGUUGUGAUUAUGUUGUAAUAAUAUUGUUAUUACGUUGUAACAGUGUUGGGAUUAUGUUGUAAUAAUGUUGUGAUCAUGUAGUAUAAUGUUAUCAUGCAUGUAAUGAUCUUGAUGCAGUGAUGCUUGUAAUGUUACUCUGAGCGUAUAUCCACACCAGGCAAGCUUGAAAAAUAUACCUGGUCACGGUUGGAAUCGAACCUACGAAGGCAAAACAAGAACUGUAUCUUUGGGCUAGUAUUCCAAAGGUCGUAGGUUCGAUUCCUACCGUGGCCAGACAUAUUUUUCAAGCUUGCCCGGUGUGGAUAUACACUCAGAGUAACAUCACAAGCAUCAUAUUCACCUGAGUACAUUACACCAACGCAGAAAAAAAUUCAUGUAAUGAUCUUGUUUUAACAAUGUUGUUGAUUGAUGAUACAUUUUUAAUACUUAAGUAUUUACAAUGCAAUCAGUUAAAAAUACUGAACGCAUGCUUCACAAGAUAUGUCCAGUGCAAAGACAAAGUUUAAAAUUAUGCGAGAAAGGCAACAAUGUCACAGCAGAAAGUCCAAUUGGUUUCAGAGGUCUCACGUUGUACAUCAAAUUAUUUCAUUUACAUCAAAUUGUCUGGUACUUUGAUAUUCAUAAAACACCUUUGCACCAUAUGAAUUUGCAGUGGUUUUUAAAAACAACCCUCCUGAACUGUAACAAUUUUUUUGAUACUGUGAUUAUAUACAAGUAGUUUUGUGAUAUUGCUUACUGUAUUUGUUUUGCCGUAUCUUUUUAACCAAUCAUAAUGCAGCUGAGGUCAGCAUGAGACGUAGGAGUUGCAAUUUCCCAAACUCAGGAACAGAAUUCAUGCAAUCCUGUCCAAAGUAACAAGGAUUGAGAUGAAUACAAUACAACAUAAUAUCGUUGAACAAUUACACAUGAUCUUACUAUUAAGGUACGAGUUAUCUUUACAAGUCAGACAUGUUAUCAUUCUCAAUGUUGUCAGUGUAACUUGAGAAAAAGUUUAUAUACUCAAGGGAGAAAGAAAUGCAAAUUUCGUAAUGACUUUUGUAAACAAUUCUACACGACGUAGAAAUAGCCUAGUAGUUGGCUAGUGUGUCGUAUUUUUAUGAAGGGUCUGUGCCUGCAGUUUGGGUUGAGACCUUAACAAGAUAACUGCGGAUUGCGGCAGAUACAACUACCUGAAAAAUACAAGCAGAACUUCGACGUUUCGGCGGGAGUUAUGAGUCUUUUUACCCCAGACGUUUUUCAUACAUGUCCAAUAGUGCUGAAUCAACACGACUGCGUUGUCGACUCGACAAAUAUUCAUGAUAUUGUCGAUACGAUGCUCGUUCCCAGUCGUUUCUUUGUUUUUUUUUUAUAAAAAGAAAAGCGUGCACUUGCGUCGUAUUGUUCGGACUAGCAAGUGCCUGCCUUGCAGACUACAUGCAUGGUCUUAAUUUUUCGAAGCAAAUUUGAGAGACUGUGGGAGAAUCAGAUAUCAUGUGGCACACACGAAUGAAAGAAAUCGCGCGGCGGGGGGGAGGGGGGGCAAAGGAAGAGAGCGCGUGGGGAGCCGCUGUUCUCUGCGUUGCUUUAUAUAAUUAUAUUCGCUGCGCGAGUUUGUUAGUCUGUUCAGAAUCACAAGCCUUGGUAUUUACUCAAGAAUAGUACUGUAUGUCUACGCGCAUGUGAAGCACUUGUUUACCACUAGUGAAAACGAAGCGGUUUGCGAACUCCUUUAUAACGGGCGUGUUGCAGAAAGUUAGACAACGUUAUAAGAUGCGUUAUAACUUAUAAGAUAUUGAUAUUUUAAUAUGUCUUUUUAAAUUACCCUUGUUAUAAAGUAGCGCAAUUCAGGCCCAUGCAUAGCCGUAAAUAUGCUACUUUGUCUUUUCUCCCUCAUGCUCCAGAGCACAGCACUGUAGUACUAGCUCUUGGUUUCUUUUAUCAUUUCUUUCAGCUCAUUAUUUUGCAUUUAUUUCAAAACCAUUGUCAAACCUGACAAUGUUGAUUAACUUUCUAUGUUCUGCGUAUAUUUGCUUCACAUUUCUUAACUUUGACGGAUGGAAAAUAACUUGAAAUUAUUUCUUGGUAAGAAACCAAGAUUUGGUCGUACGAAAGCAGGAUAACGCUAUAUCCACCGGAUUGUGAUUUUUUCAACCUUUCUAAAAAUGUUUCGUUGAUUGGUAAAACCUGGGUUAAACUUUAGUAUUUAUAAAUUAAAGCUUCGUUUUAUUAAUUGUGAGUCCAUAUAUUCGUAGUUUUAUAACUUUUCAAGCAAUUUCACAACGGUUGAAAAAUCACCAUCCAGUGGAUAGCCCUAUCCGGUCUUCGUACAACCGAGCCCAGUUCUGUAAAAUAUAAUAAUACACUAAUCUCUCCCCUGUAGCCCCAAGAUCGUUGACAGUAACAAAGACGCACGGACACCAGAAUUAAAGCCGUUACCUCCAGCAUUUGCGCUUGGUGACCCGCCACAGAAACCUCCAAAGUUUGGGCUGUUAAAACCAUCGCUCAAGAAAUAUCUAGGUUUGUGUUUUAUAUCCUUGUUCUUGUUUUGUCUCUGCUUAGUGUUUAUAGGGACGCGUAUUUCUUUUCCUUGUAAUAAUUUUGUUGCGUGAGUAUGCAUGCUGACAAGGAAUUGAUGUGCACUGCAGCCCUCGUGGAAUAGGAAAGGAAACAUGAUCCGAUUAAUUUCCAUAAACUUUAGCUUUGAUUUUUUCGGCUUAGACAAUGUUGAUUUUUAAAAUUACUUCGUCAAUGAACUUAUAAGUUGGGUCGUUUUUUAAACCAUUUGAAACACCCGCAGUCCGUGUUUAAGGUGUUUUACCAGAUAUAAAACACGAGGCGACAGCUGAUUGCUUACAUCAGAGGGCCGUCACAUAGCACAUGCGCAGAACAGACUUGACCUCAUCUUUAAGUAUAGCACACUAAAUAACCAAUGUCUCCUAUUCCUUAGGUGCAACUCAAGACUGUAUUCCAAAUCUAUAAAUAAAGAUAAUUAUUAUGCUGUAAUAGAUUAAUAGAGUGUCUUUAUUAUUAGGAACAAGUUGUCCACAAAGACCUGAGAAACACGAUGACCCAUCACCACCUGCAGGUAAUUUUAUCCUUUUAAUACGUUGAACAAAUUGUCAAAAAAUUUACCCGCCAUCUAAUAUGGUUCAAAUGUGACUACGAGGCCGUAUAUAUAUGGUAGCGGGGCUGAUCGGGAAAGCGGGAUCUAGCCGUGCAGUUAUUUUUACUCUACGUUGUGUUUAUACAUCUGAGAUCUCGGAUACUGUGAUGAGACUACAAAGACAUGCUGCUGCGCGCUGAUGUAUAGAAACUUUCAAAAAUAACCAAAUCGUCCUGGAAAGCGGUAUGGAAUUUUCUUAUAUAAUGUUUAUUGGGCCAGUUCGGAUUCAAAACGUCGCAAAAUAUCGCAAACUAAACAAAUAAAAAAGACCUUAUAUUUCUCAAAAUGUAGUCUUGUCCGAUUCCAUUCAAUGGGCAGGGAUGGUCGCCGCUGCUCCUGUUCUUUUGCUCAAGUUUUCGGCUUUUCUCCCUCACCAAAAACUAACCCUCAUAUAGACCGAUUCGAAAUAUAGCUGUCAUUCUUUUUUCUUCCAAAUUUAAUGUGAACCAAGGUAAUCACUGCCGCAUUAUAGAAUUCUUCAAGACUAACAGUUUUACAAAGUAUAGUAUAAGCAGAAAUUAAAUGUUAAAAAUACCAAAGUUUAGCAACAAGCCUGCAUGACUUUUAUAGUGCUUUUUUGUGCAUUUCAGUGGGCUAUAAUUUCCCUUGCGUGAAUUGUUCCCAAUGUUAAAAUAGCUUUUACAUUUUGCCGUAAAUGACAGUCUCUGUUGAAAAAUUGUUUAUUUGCCUUGUAAUACAUAAAGUAUAAAAUAAUGUAAAAUUUGUGACAGCUAUAGCUUUCGAAUCGAAUCAAGCAUGUGUCUGGCUCCGAUGAAUUGCAAUGGACUAAAAUAAAUCAUCAAGAAACAAUACUAUAGGUAAACAAUAGUUAGAAUCCUUUAAGUUAAUUAUCAUUCAUUUUCUUCAGUCCAAGAUGCUCCUCCCAUUCCAAAGAAACCCACAAGACCAGGUAUGUCCGUUCAUUUACUGUACAUAAUUAUAGUAAUAACGAAUUUAGAAAAUUUCCGUUUCGUCUGUGAAAUAAUUUGGAGCUAUACUUAUCCUACCUGCAUGUACUGUUUAAACCGAGAAUAUUUCGUCAUGUUUGUAGGCUCAGGGAGGAAAAAAAGUGAAGAGGAAAUUCCUGAAAGGUAAUUAUAAGGAAUUUAGGUGAUAAUGAACCAAUUUGUAUUAAAUAAGAAUAUCUUUGAAUGGAACUUGUCAACUAUGCAAUUAGUACAAUACAAGACAAUUGUCAACAUAAUUUGACAAGUUCCAAUUUUGCCAUGUCUGGUCAAAAAUCAGUUAAGAUAAUUUAAUUUCAUUUUUCACAGUGUAACUGAAGAUUUCUAUGACGAUACCGCAUGUUCGGUAAGAACUACAGCUUAAAGUGUUUCAGCGCAACUUGUUUUUCCCGUACCUAUCAAUUGCCUCCAAUUUGUUUUGAGUAAAUCAAUGAUUAAUUUCUUUUUUGUAGGCCUCUAAUGAUGCUCUUGAAGAGUUUUAUGAUGACACAGCCUGUGCCGUAAGAUCUACAGCUAUAUUUCUUUUAAUAUACGACUUAUUCUUUAUUCAAUUAUUCCUAUCUGAAUUCUCUCAGUGGGGGGAGGGCACUAAUGGUGGGCGAUGGCACCCCCCCCAAAAUAAUUUUUGAAGGACUUGGAAUAGUAGGUGAAUGAACAUGUGUAACAAAGCUGUAGCAAUAAUUUCACAAUCAUGGAAGUAUUCAUAUCUGAUAGGUUAUAAACCAAGUAAAUUGGCACGAAAUGUAAGAUAAAAAAUUCAAAGGAUUAAAAUUUGCAGCAACAGAAGGGUGCAAUGUCAACCUCCUCUAACCCAAUUCUCUGAAACUUGAUUAACUAAAUAGCUAUACACUAAUUAAGUCUUUUCAAUGAACUUUAAUCUUUAUUUUAUGAGUCUGCAUUACUUGGCGGAGGUUACAAAAACUACAUUCCUUCGGAUCAGAAUAUAAUGCUAGUUAACAUAAUUCAGCACCUCAAGCUUCCUUAGCCGGGGAACCUCCUAUGGGUUACGAGGGUGGCUUAGCCGGUGAACUUCCUAUGGGUUACGAGGGUGGCUUAGCCGGUGAACUUCCUAUGGGUUACGAGGGUGGCUUAGCCGGGGAACCUUCUAUGGGUUACGGGCCUGUUCGCAGGCUCAAAAUUCCACCACAGAAUUGCUCUACGAUUUUAGAUUUUGUAAUACGAAUCACCGCAUUAAGCUGUUUUUUUUGUAGAAUUCUAACGCGCCUGAGCCUUCAGAAGAUUUUUAUGAUGAUACUGCUUGUACGGUAAGAACCUUGUUUCAUUAAUUCGAGCAAGUUUUCCUUGAGAAGUAGCCAGCAGCCGGUUUUUCUUCCGUUCCCCCUUAAUUUUUUUCCCUUUACUCCUCCCCAAAACAAUCGGCUGCUACGUAGGCUAGUUGACAAAUUCGUUGACAAAUUUUAAGAACCCGUGCUAUUUAAGUACGUAAACGAUUUCAAAGAUUAUUUUCGUUCAAAGCUGGUUCCCAUAGAAUUAAAAACAGCUGAAACUGUUUACAAUACCGAAAUUUCGAAAGCGAAUGCCAAAAUAACUAGAUUUAAUGGCCGCUCGACGAUGAGUGCGCAGUGACGUACUGCGCAAUUACUUGCCCAUGACCAGCUUUUGAACAACUCCUUUGCCGUAUAUAGGAACAAGUAAAACUUGUCAAGGAAAACGUGUGCGUCUCUUGAACUCGCAACAGUGAAUAAACUACGAGUAUACUUGCAUCUAUCAGUAAGAAUGGGAUAGAGAUCCAAUCCCUGAUAAAUAUAAGCAGAACUUCCACGUUUCGAGUGAAGGCGCUUCGUCGAGACGUAAUUAGUGGACUAAGUUAGUAACUUCCCAACGAAGGAAGGCGCUCGAAACGUCAAAGUUCUGCUUAUAUUUUUCACGUAGUUGAAACUCUAUCAAUCCGCGGCUUUAAUUACGCCAUGCAAGCAGGCAUUCUCCGCCAUCUUUGGAUGCAUGGCAACCUGCACGGUGAAAAUAGACGGCAUCAAGCGAAGGAGGAAUUUAUCGACGAGAAGUAAAAAACACAGUAAUAAUCACUCCUUCCCUUGUUGUCAUCCUUUGUUGCUGCGCAGUUUUGCCACUCAAAAGAGCGAACGCGCGUCCUGGUCGAAGGCUAAUAACGCAUUUCCAAAUUACGCUCUAGUGUGAAGAACAAUAACGCCAAGUCAAGGCUUUUCAUGCUAAACUUUGCCAUAGAGACAAUUUGCAACUUUGUGCGAGGCCUCUGGGCAUUCUACCAUAAUUCGAAAAUAACGUAGGCCUACUAUGUUAUUACUACAAUUGUAUCUCUAUGUUCAUAACAAAUAUCCCACACAACUCACCGUUUGCAUUCAACUUUGAUCAGUAUUUUCUCAGGGUUUUUUUCUCAGUUUGAUUGAUUUACCAGAAGACAACGUGCACGUAUUUUAAUAUUUUGUCACGUGUUUAUGAGUUUCAAUAUUUUUCUCAGGAUAAUCUCAUGUCGGGUGCACAAGAUGAAACAUUUGGUGAAGAUAUUUAUGAACCAGUAUUAGGAAAUCAAGAGGAACAGCGUAAAGAUCCGCCUGCAGAAACGUAAGCAACACCAUAAGGGUUUCCGUUUUUGUUUCAACUAAUUAACAAUAUAAAUACAUUGACGUUUCGAGCGUAUAGGAUAUUCCUCAGUGACCGAUUGUUCAAAAUCUGAUUAGCUUAAUCCUAGGUUAACGAAAAGUUUCAAUUGGGUUAUAAAAAUCAAUGGACAAUUUUAGAAGGGUUGCCGCUUACCUCCAGACAAAUGACAUAUGGACCCUUCCCGAAUUUACUUGAGUGCGCAUGAAAAAAUAGCUUGAAAUUCAGGCGGACCAUCGUAGGCCUAGGCUUUCUAUUUUUAUUUUUAUUCGUAUUUUUAAUAUUUAGCGCAUUUUCACACGAGAAUGGCAAUACUUACCAAAUGCUAGCUCGAAAUUGACCAAACCAGCCGAGUAAAGGCCUAGGUCUAGGCUGGAGGCGGACACUGUAAUCCAUUGUAAGUUUUUAUUGUCAGCCGGCAAUGAAGAAGUUCAAGUGAAAACUGGUUCGGUCAGACUGUUUUGGGAAGAAAAUGUUGCAUCACUCAAUUCUAUUUAUUUGCCUCCAAAUUAAAGCAUCGUACACAUUUAUUGAAGAAAACGUACUCAGUUUUUCAUUCUGAUAACUGUUGGUUGACCAUCUGCUGCACGAUCAUUCUUAUUCACUGCAUAAAUAUCCCUGAUUAUUUUAAAAACUUGUGUAAAAUAAUGGACCCACAAUGACUCAACAUUUUGAGUAAAAUGACUCAAAUUGUUGAGAAAUUUGCUCAAUUUUUUAUUAAAGUUUCAAAUUUACUCAAUGUUUUGAGUGAAGAUUUACGUUCUACGCUUAAAAAAUGAAUAAAUUUGCUCAUAGAUUUGAGUAAUUUUACUCAAUCUUUUGACUCACCAUGGGUGCAUUAGUUUACUAUUUGGAAGUUCUUGACUCCUGUAUAGAACGAAUGUUGGUUAUCUUGAACCAUCUUUGAUCAAACGUGAAUUUCUCAUUACCAGUGCUCCGCCUACACUGCCUGCAAAGGAUCAGGGUAAAGAGGACAAGAAGAAGAAAGAAAAAGAGAGAAAACGGAAAGAAAAGGAGGAGAAAGAAGAAAAAGAAAAGGAGGAAAGGGAACGAAAGAGACGAGAUAAAGAACGGGAGAAGAAAGUUAGUGAGAUGAAACGAAGAUUUAGUGUAAGUGGAAAAUAUUUUAUUGAAGUCAGAUCAUAAAGACAUUUACAAAUAGUAAAAUAGUAGGAAACAGAAAAAUAGUAAAAAUAAGGAAACAGAAAGAAAAUUCAUGAAAUGAAACAAAUAUUUAAGCCCUGGUCAAACGAGGGUGAAUUGUCACAUUUCAAGCUCCAGAUUAACAAAAUAAUGAUUGGUGUUCCAACUGUGUUUUAACUUAAAUAAAAUACAUGAUAGUGUCAGGAAAGCAUUAAGAACAACUAACCAAGGUCACGUGACUGCCAACUCUUAUCCUCGUUUGAUCCAGAUUGUAGAGUAAGUGGAAACAGGAUAAGCAUAAGAACGUUUUAUAUUCAAACUAAUUAAUAAUACAUGAGUAAAUUAGCCAACCAUAUUGCUUUAUUUUGCUCACAUGAUAAUACUGGAUACCUGGUGAAGAAUAUUGAUCCAAUCCUAGGACUAGAUUAAAAUUAAUUCAGUUCUUGGACUGGAUCAAAAUUAAUUCACCUCAUGAUCAAAAUUAAUUCACCUCAUUAAUUCAUCGCAUGAGAUGUCAUUUCAAAUCCUCCAAUUCGGACUGGACUAGAUUUCAGUCCAGUCCUCAUAGUCGGAUUUGAAAUAUUAAAGUGCAAGUUUAUGCAACUAAUUUUUCGGCCUUACGUUAAAUCUUACAUUAUGAUGAAAGUUUUCCCUACACUAACAUACACCCCUCUGCAAAUCCCUACAUUUUUAUAAAUGCUGACCAAAGGUUGGUCAGCAUUUAGGGAAAUGCAGAGGGACUCAUAAAGACAUCGCACGCUCAAGUGGUAUUGAAUUAAAUUACCAAUACUUUUGCAAGUAUAGACGAAAGUAUCGAUAUUUAGUAUCGGUAUAGGCUCUUCCUUUGUAUAAGCUGUAAGUUGGCAUAUAUAGAACAUUUUAUUGAAGUAAUAACAUUACGCAUUGUCAGUCAAGAUAUGAUGGUCUGGACGUCUGGCAAACUUCAAAGCUACAAAAUAGAAGACGUUUGUUUAAUGUUGAACUGAACCUCACCAUACACAAAUCUUUUGUCUCAACUUCAUUAAAUAUUAUUCAUCGUAGUGGUCGCACGUUUCAUCUCAAGUUAUCUCUAUUGGAUGAUUACUUCAUUAUGCGAAAAUACAAUGAGCUCAAUCACCGUGACCCUGCACAAAUUAACAUAAUCUCCGACAAAAACAUACAUUGACUUUUGUUUAGUUUCGAGACCAUCAUAUCUUUAUAGACUAUAUGCAUUACGAAUAGGGUAUUAUUUAGCACUUAAACAUGACACAGAGUUACAGUAAUACAUCGGACUGACAAUUUUAUAUUUCGUUCCAGGUGAAGGGUUCUGAGAAAUCUCUAGGUACAUGUAUUGCGGCAGAGGAUAUAGCUGGGAAUAGGAUGGAUAUAACAGCAUUGAUUGGUGAAGAAUUUGACAUCAUAAGAAAAGGAAAACCAAAUCCGAAUAACAAAUGGCUUGUGAGGAACAAACAAGGACUGUGUAAGUUUGCGAUAUGUAUUUCUAGUCGACAAUUCUAGGAAAUAUAAAGAAAACAUGUUCCGAUUAGAAGUUUUUUAUGCUCUUAGGAUUUGACUAAUAAAUAAGACUGCUGUUUUAUUUAUUAAUAUUUCGAUAUUUCAAAAUCAAGAUUUUGAAGUAUUCUCUGAUCCGAGAUAACGUUAUUGAUUUGUAAAGAUUACAUAUAAGAAUGAAUUCCAGAAUUGAAAUUCUAUAGCACAAAUUUACCUGUGGAUAUAAUCAAAUGCCCUUUACAUCAAGUAUUACGCUUCUCUAAUCACACACUUAGCCUAGACUAUUUUAUUUUUACAACAAUUGUGAUAUUACACUUUCUUAACUGUGUUUAUCCUAACCAACCCUGUCAACUUUCCCUGUGGGAGGAAACCAGAGAACGCUGAGAAAACCCACGUUGAGUCCGUAGCGAGAGAGGUGAAAGACGCUUGCUCUGCCGGCUACGUCACUAAAGCCUCGUUGUAACUCACGACCUAACCGUCUAAACCAGUUAAAAAUUUUCGUGCACACAAAUUUCAACAUAAAAAUGAGUUCCUGGUUUUUUUGUUGAUGCUCUGGAAAAUUAAUGACGUUAACUUGGAUCAGAGAAUCAAACCACACUGUAUUGUUGAAUAUUCAUAUCUUGAGCGCGCAAGAUACUUCGUUUCGAGUAUGUUGGUUUUAUAUAUUAGUUCUUAUAUGCCUGUAUAAGAACUAAUAUAUAAAAUAUUAGUUUGAAAUACAUAAAUUUGAGUAUAAGUUUUAAAUUGAGUAUGUUGGUUUUAUAUGUUUAAUAUAUUAGUUCUUAUAUGCAACAACCGCAUUUCAACAUGGUAUAAAUUUAUUGAAAUUUAACUACUCAGAUGAAAAAAAAAAUGCUGUCUCCCAUAUUUUAGUCAUGAAAUGUUGGCUUGAGAAUAUUGGAUUAUUUGAUUGAUUUAAAAACAAUCGUGUCGAUGCAAGAAUUUCCAUAUUCAAUAGGUAAAAGGAAAUGAUAAUAUUGAUAUUAAUAUUUUGGCUAACAUUUCUCGGGCGUUUUCGAGCGUUAUCAAAUUGAUUAUGGAAUAAUUUGACCCUAAACUUUCUUUUUAUCUUCACUGUAAAAACAAUAAAUGAAACAUACAUUGGUUGUCUCAGGUUCAAAUUGAAUCUGAAACAAUGAGACAACCAAUUUCUAGGUUGUUUUAGUCUGUGUUAAAAGGUACGAAAAUGGACAGUUUUGCCCGAAGCAACAUUUAGCGUGCAUUAAUUUUUCUCAUGCACUCGUUAUGUACUGAGGGUGACAUUUAGACUAAGUAGUCUGCCUCAACGAGUGCCCGUUGGCCUGUCAUUUCAUCUUUUAUAUACUGUGCUUCUAUAUUAAUUGCAUUAAAUCAUGGUUAUUUCUUUUAGAUGGUUUUAUUGACAUCGACAAAAUAGAGGUUGGUCUUACAUCUUUAUGGAUAUUACAAAAUACAAACGUAUCGUUAAAUGUAUUUAUUCCAAUACAUACUUGUACAUCGGGAUAAGAUACUGUACACCAGGAUAAGAUAUAUGUACGCCAGGAUAAGAUACUGUACGCCAGGAUAUGAUGCCGUACGCCAGGAUGAGAUACUGUACAUCACGAUAAAAUACUGUACGCCAGAAUAAGAUACUGUACCCCAGGAUAAGAUACUGUACACCAGGAUAAGAUACUGUACACCAGGAUAAGAUACCGUACGCCAGGAUAAGAUACUGUACACCAGGAUAAGACACUGUACGCCAGGAUAAGACACUGUACACCAGGAUAAGAUACCGUACACCAGAAUAAGAUACUGUACGCCAGGAUAAGAUAUUGUACACCAGGAUAAGAUAUUGUACACCAGAAUAAGAUACUGUACACCAGAAUAAGAUACUGUACACCAGAAUAAGAUACUGUACACCAGGAUAAGAUACUGUACACCAGAAUAAGAUACCGUACACCAGAAUAAGAUACUGUACACCAGGAUAAGAUAUUGUACACCAGGAUAAGAUACCGUACACCAGAAUAAGAUACUGUACACCAGGAUAAGAUACUGUACACCAGGAUAAGACACUGUACACCAGGAUAAGAUACUGUACACCAGGAUAAGACACUGUACACCAGGAUAAGACACUGUACACCAGGAUAAGACACUGUACACCAGGAUAAGAUACUGUACACCAGGAUAAGAUACCGUACACCAGGAUAAGAUACCGUACACCAGAAUAAGAUACUGUACGCCAGGAUAAGAUACUGUACACCAGGAUAAGAUACCGUACACCAGGAUAAGAUACCGUACACCAGAAUAAGAUACUGUACGCCAGAAUAAGAUACUGUACGCCAGGAUAAGAUACCGUACACCAAAAUAAGAUACCGUACACCAGGAUAAGAUACCGUACACCAGGAUAAGAUACCGUACACCAGAAUAAGAUACUGUACGCCAGAAUAAGAUACUGUACGCCAGGAUAAGAUACCAUACACCAAAAUAAGAUACCGUACACCAGGAUAAGAUACCGUACACCAGGAUAAGAUACCGUACACCAGAAUAAGAUACUUUAUCACAUACUUGUACCUUUAUCAGGUAGGAAGCAGCGGGACAUAAAAACGAUAUCGUCCCUGACAUCGUUUUUUGUCCCGGAUAUCGUUUUUUGUCCCGGAUAUCGUUUUUUGUCCCGCUAAAUUUCGCGCCUUGUCAAAACAAAGAUGGCCGACUCGAGGUUCGUGUUGGUUGAUGUGGACAGUUUAUCGAAGAAAACAAGAACGAUAAUACAAAACGAAAGACUUAAAUUGUAUAUUAUUUAUAUGAAUGGUCUAUUUAUUUUCUAAAAUCAUAUUUGUUCAGUAAAUGAUGAAUUGUUUUGAAUUCUAAAAUGAUCCUAUUUUUUCAAAACUGUUUACUUUGGGUGUCAAACCCUGAUAAAGGUACAAGUAUAUAAUAAAUAGGUUAUCGUACUCGGGAUUCGGUGAUAUCAGUUUUAUCGCUCUCGGGACGAUAUCACAAUUGUCCCUCGCUCGCUGCGCUCGCAUCCCUUGAGCGAUAAAACUGAUAUCACCUCAUUCCUUAUAUGAUAACCUAUAUGUACACCAGGAUAAGAUACUGUACGCCAGAAUAAGAUACCGUACCCCAGGAUAAGAUACCGUACCCCAGGAUAAGAUACCGUACACCAGGAUAAGAUACUGUACGCCAGGAUAAGAUACUGUACACCAGGAUAAGACACUGUACACCAGGAUAAGAUACUGUGCACCAGGAUAAGAUACUGUACGCCAGGAUAAGAUACUGUGCACCAGGAUAAGAUACUGUACGCCAGGAUAAGAUACUGUACACCAGGAUAAGAUACUGUACACCAGGAUAAGAUACUGUACGCCAGGAUAAGAUACUGUACGCCAGAAUAAGAUACUGUACGCCAGGAUAAGAUACCGUACGCCAGGAUAAGAUACCGUACGCCAGGAUAAGACACUGUACGCCAGGAUAAGAUACUGUACGCCAGGAUAAGAUACUGUACGCCAGGAUAAGAUACCGUACACCAGGAUAAGAUACUGUACACCAGGAUAAGACACUGUACACCAGGAUAAGAUACUGUACGCCAGAAUAAGAUACUGUACGCCAGGAUAAGAUACCGUACACCAGGAUAAGAUACCGUACACCAGGAUAAGAUACUGUACGCCAGGAUAAGAUACCGUACACCAGGAUAAGAUACUGUACGCCAGGAUAAGAUACUGUACGCCAGGAUAAGAUACUGUGCACCAGGAUAAGAUACUGUGCACCAGGAUAAGAUACUGUACGCCAGGAUAAGAUACUGUACGCCAGGAUAAGACACUGUACACCAGGAUAAGAUACUGUGCACCAGGAUAAGAUACUGUACGCCAGGAUAAGACACUGUACGCCAGAAUAAGAUACUGUACGCCAGGAUAAGAUACUGUACGCCAGGAUAAGAUACUGUACACCAGGAUAAGAUACUGUACCCCAGGAUAAGAUACCGUACCCCAGGAUAAGAUACUGUACGCCAGGAUAAGAUACUGUAGUACUGUACACCAGGAUAAGACACUGUACACCAGGAUAAGAUACUGUACGCCAGGAUAAGAUACUGUACGCCAGGAUAAGAUACUGUACGCCAGGAUAAGAUACUGUACGCCUGGAUAAGAUACUGUAUUAGUGUCACACCACGGUAUUAAAGGGCUUAUUAUUUAAGGGCUUAUUAUUUUAGGUAUUAAAGGGCUUAUUAUUUUUAUUAUUUAAGGGGCUUCGGUGGCCAAGUGGUUAGCGCACCUGCCUCUCACCUCUGAGGCUGCAGGUUCGAGUCUCACUAAGUACCUUCUCAGUGCGACUCGAACCCAGUCCCCAUGUGAAAAGAGUAAAAGCCAACGCUCUGCCGAAAGCCGUGGGCUUUCCCCGGGUACCCCGGUUUCCUCCCACAGGGAAAGUUGACAGGGUGGGUUAGGUAAAAAAAAGGCCCACAGUAAUUGGCAUAUGCUGUUGUGGUGACCCUGCCCUAGUUGGCAAAGCUAAAUAAAUAAAGUAUUGAGGGCUUUUGUUGUUUUUAUUUUACCGAAAAUCGUCAAAUAACGAUAAAAAUUCCUUGUUUGGUAAAUUUCCAAUAAGAAUCAGAUAAAAGAAGCAAGAAAUCUCAAAGGAUGGUUUAAAUCGAUCUCGUACCCAGGCUUUUCCUUAUACGACGGAUUACAAAAAGCUGUCAAGAUCUGUUGAUCUAUUUUACUGAUCGACUCGGCCCAUAAAAUGGCUGCCACCACGAAUUUGAGGCUGCAUUACCAUGGUGUGACACUAACCCUUUAAUAUUAAGCAUUUUGGAUUAUUUUACCCGCAUAUUACAGCAGCAAACGUUUUUUGCGCACUAAUCUGGGCAAUUUCCAAAUUACGGUCGAAUGUCGACAGACAAUAGCCUGAGAACGAGACUUCGUGCAAAUAAUGAGUUUAACACGAAGCCUCGACUUGGCGUUAGUGUUCUUGACAACAAGAGCGUAAUUUGGAAAUGGCCUGUUCUUAAUACUGCGCAAAUUUAAAUACAAGUCUGGUUCACACACAAACAAUGGCAGCUCAUUGUAGCAUACUGCCUAUCCAAAGCUAGCGUGUUUGAGAUAUUUGUCAGUUGUUUAGAGACAACUACGAAAACUUGUUGUAUACUACCCUGUCUACCCACACAGGACCCACAUGUUUAAGAUAUUAAUGAUAGGUUUUUAUUUUUCAGAAAGAACCGGCUGAUGAUGGAGAAGAUCUUUAUGAAGAGGUUCCAGCUUCUAAAAUGCGAAUUAUUCAAUCAUCCAAUGGAAAUCAUAUUCCCACCCCUCCUGUAACUUCCCCACCACCUCCCCCGACACAAAGUGCGCCCAAGCCCCCUACAGGUACGGUUAUUAGAGUUUUAUUUUUAGAGGGACGGCACGGGUGGCAGACACGGGGCGAGGGACAGCAUGGGUGGCAGACAAGGGGUGAGGGACAGCACGGGUGGCAGGCACGGGUUGAGGGACAGCACGGGUGGCAGACACGGGGUGAGUGACAGCACGGGUGGCAGACAAGAGGGAGGGACAGCACAGGUGGAAGGCACAGGGUGAGUGACAGCACAGGUGGCAGGCACGGGGUGAGUGACAGCAUGGGUGGCAGACACGGGGUGAGGGACAGCACAGGUGGCAGACAAGUGGUGAGGGACAGCACGGGUGGCAAACAAGGGGUGAGUGAUAGCACGGGUGGCAGGCACAGGGUGAGGGACAGCACGGGUGGCAGACACGGGGUGAGUGACAGCACGGGUGGCAGACACGGGGUGAGGGACAGCACAGGUGGCAGGCGCAGGGUGAGGGACAGCAUGGGUGGCAGACAAGGGGUGAGUGACAGCACGGGUGGCAGACAAGGGGCGAGUGACAGCACAGGUGGCAGACACGGGGGGAGUGACAGCACAGGUGGCAGGUGCGGGGUGAGGGACAGCAUGGGUGGCAGACAAGGGGUGAGUGACAGCACGGGUGGCAGGCACGGGGUUAGUUUGCUGUUCACUGAGUUAAGCGGCAUUUUGAGUAUUCUUACUUGAUGGGUGACUUCCCCGCUCUUUCAAAACUCGUAUUAGAGUCGUGUCUGGUUCUCUCCUGUGGUCUUCAAGGAUUUUCUCCAAAUACACCAGUUUUCUUCCCUAUUGAAAGACCUUGAUUCUUAACCAUUUAAUUGGUAGGUUUCGCGCUGAUUCUUCUUUAAACCUACUGGGCACACCCCUCAUACGUGCUGUCUGGGUCAGGCUAAAUCGCCUCUGCGCUUGCUCACGCUUUCCUGCACACAACUGUCACAGCAGAUUCCGGUAACCGCCCUUCAAACAACGAGCCACGUAAUUAAUUGAAUCAUGGCCCAUCUUCAGUCCCUUGGCGUGCAAAUCACCUUUCUUUGCAGCUAAAAACGAUGGACGCAGCUCAAACUUAAUCGAAAGGAAGGCUUACUACGUUGCCCUGCCACCAUAUUGUCUUGCCAUCGUGCGAGUGAGCCAAGCAGGUUUUGUCACUGCACGAGAGCCAGUCGACAGUGGAGGCGCCAAAAGCCAGAAAUCUCCGUUACCUUAUCCCUAGAACUGUGAUUGUUCAUGUUCGUGGAAACUUAGUCCCAACCGUGAGCAUUCGCCGCUCGCAUUCGCCGAAUUGACGUCUGUUAACUUGCGUCGAAUUGGUUUAUUAAAAUUAAAUUAAUAUUCACUAACUUCAUGUGAAUAUUAAUGUGAUUUUAUACCCAGGGUAUUUCAUUACGUCAAUAUUAAUUUAUUCCAUAUAUUAUUAGAUGAUCCAGAAAUUUAUGAUGACGUAGCAGGUAUGUCACGUGUUUCCACAUAUUAUAUAGUGUGAAUUAAUGUAACUCUUGCUUGCCACUUGAGGCUGGUGUACACUACCAAAUUAAGUUUCUGUGAUCACAGUAGGAAUUUUUCAUCGGUAAAUUCUCAGUUUUGAGGAUUUGAGGGAACUGACACAGUAUUAAACAAUGAGUCAGUACCCUCAAAAAUUUCCUACAAAUCCUUCAAAAAUUUACCCAUGCAAAAUUCCUACUGUGAUCACAAAGACGUUGAUCACAAAAACUUUACUGGUGUAAACCAGCCUUUAUAGUCGAUUUCACGAAAAUUGACUACAAAUGUUCCGAACUUCGUUGCGAAGUUCGCAAGUCAGGGCGCGAAAUAACGGCCGGUCAACGGACAAUGUCCGGCCAGAAUGCGGAGUUGUCGGGUCAAAUUCUUACCUUGUAAAAGAACAAACUAAUAAAAGAACAAACUAAUCUUCAUUUGGUAAAAGAACAAACUAAUCUUCAUUUUAUAAUAAUGAUCAAAAUAAAGUGUUCAAGUACAGUAUUAUAAUUAAGAACCAUAACAUGCAUGUUGUCGAAUAUUUUGCAGGAAAACAACUUCAAUGUACACCAGUUUUCGCACGCAGUACGUCACAAAGCCCAUGGGCCAUGACCAUGCCUUUGGCUUAAGAGCUAAGACCAUGCUUUUAGCCCAGUACAAGCUGUUUUAUGUGAAGGAAUUUUUAAUUACUGAUUAUAGUAAGACUUUUUGUACUGCUAUACUGGGAAAAUGGUCACAUUUUUAGGGGUAUACUUUACUAGGCUUUGCAUUAAGCUGAAUAAUUUGACCGGCCAGAAAUUUGGUAUGUCCAAUCUAAAAUUGAGUUGGCCGGUAACCUUGACCGCCGACCCUCCAGCCGUUAUUUCGCGCCCUGCAAGUUGUUGCGAAGUUCAAAAGUUCAUACUGAGAUUCACAAACCAGUUCGUAAACUACGCAUAUGAUUGGCUUCUUUUACUUCACGGACCAAUCAGGGACUUUGUUUACAAAUUGGGUUGUGCAUUCCAAUAUGAACUUCCGAACUUCGCAACGAAGUUCGGAACAUUUGGUCAAAGUUUUGUGAAAUCGACUGUAAAAAAUGGUUAGCCUGUAAAACUGACACUCGUACUCCACUGGCAAUUUUUGGGUGUUUCAUAAAUUUGUAACAUUUUUGUAUUAGGAGAAGAUGCUGAAGAAUUGUACGAACUUCUUCCUGAAAAUUGAUGCGUCACCAUGAGAACAGCUUUGUGGAAACUAUUUUCUAAAACAAAUAAUUUGUACUAUAGAUAUUUUUGCUAUGUAUACGUUAUAUAAUAACUGAUCUUUUAUAAUAACUGAUCUUUUAUAACAUUUGCAAGAUUGCAGCAUAUUCUAAAUGAGACAAAAUAGUUCUUACAAGGGUAGUUUGUAAUGCCAGGGAUGGAUUAACUGGUAUGAGUGGUGAAAAUCAUCACUCUUUCCCAGGGGAAUGCAGCAGGGUUCCAAUUUCAUUACCAAUAUUUUGCUAUUUUGAUGUCGUUGGAGAUCCUUUCAAUAUUUGAUAUGAUAUUUGAAAGAUGAAAUUUGACCUUAUCUGACGACAUUUAGCAAAACCGUAAACGUACUUUCAGACAGACUUAUUUUUCAAAAUUUUCUGACAAGGUAAUUAGAAUCUAAGAUCCUGCCAGUUGCCUCUCUAAGCACCCUGCCACGUUCAACGGUCACACCCCCAUUUUAUGAUCAGCUAGGAACCUGACCAGGUUUUCCCCAGGACACUGUCUCAGCGAUUUGCACCCAGCCCUCAACGGUCACACCAUAUACCAUGAUCAGCACCCCCCCCUGCCAGAACAAGUUGGAUCCAUCCCUGUGUAGUGUAGGUAAAUAGGCGAUGGUAAUAAAUAUUAUAAUGCAUGUGCAUAGCUGUUAUACAUGGGCCAUGGCCGUUAUACAUAUCUUUGAAUAUUUUUAUAUUAAUGGUGUUAAAUUUUAGAUUUUUACUGAAUACAUGAAUUAUUUUUGCAGCAUAUUGAAAUGCAGAAUACGCUCACUUCAAUCGCAAUACAGGCUUUUUUUUCAGGACUUUUUUGUGGCCGUAAAAAUCUUCAAUUGAGUUCUGAAACUCAUUUAUGUCAUCAAACGUUAAUUGCAGUAAGUGAUCAUCCGUAAUUAUCAACAUUUUCCACAAUCAUGCAUCAUUGCUGAGAUUCAACAUUUAAGAGUACACUUUGGGAGAGGGUCGAAAGAGUACGGUCUGUACAUUCACGUCACAAAUUCAACCCAAACGACUUCAAUAUUAUGGCCCCAGACUUCCUGCUGUACAAGUGUAUAGCUUAUGGGUACAAUCUUCUGUCAAAAACGGGCCCAGCAAAAAAAUCCUAAAAAAACCCUGCAAUAGGAGCUAAAGGCUAAAUUGAUACCAGUUUUUGUAACCCAGAUAGUUAUAGAGACUAAGUAUAUUCAAAUAAUAAAUGGAACACAUGUUUUCUGUAUUUUU